CUAACUUAAUCGACUAAUUCAUUUCUCCCAAUUCCCAAAAGCUAAACCAUUACACUGUCGAGUGUCGAGUGCCGAUCUCCGACACAGCUACCACAGGCCAGACAGCCACACCAAUCACCAUCAUGGUCGUCAAAUGACUCAAAUCUCAAAUUCUUGCAAGAAGGAUUUGUUACCUACCCAUGCAAGAAGCAUAGUCCAUAAACAAGUGGCUUAUGUGGCACCAUAGCUUCAUACGUGCCUUAUCUACUUGCUCCUUUAUCUACUUCCAAUAAACGCAGCCUAACCAAACACAAAUCCUCAAUGCAGCUUCCUUGUCUCCACAUCCCGCCACCCAAAACCCCUCCGCCGCCGCUCUACCUCAAAUUCCGCACAUCUCACCGCGAAAACCUCCGCUACCUUAAAGCCAUAGGCAUUAUCCAUCCCAACACCAACCCUCGCAAUCUCCCAUCCCCUCAAACCGCCGACUACCUCAUCUCCACCGUCAACUUCCUCAAAUCCAAAGGCAUCCACGAUACCGAUUUCCCUCGCCUUACCUUCCUUUGUCCCCAACUCUUCUCCUCCAACUUCUCCACCUCCGAAAUCGAACCGGUUUUCGAUUUCUUAACCACCGAUCUAAACGCCACCGCACAAGAAUCCCGCGGAUUGAUCGUUCACUGCCCCUACAUCUUAUUCUCAGACGUGGAAUACUGUUUGAAACCCACGGUCGAGUACCUCAAAGGACUGGGCGUCGAGAAACUGAACGAGCCGAGCAAACAGAAGGCGUUUCUAUUGAACACGAGGGUGGAUAAAUUGAAGGCUAAGAUCAAGUUCUUGAGGAGCAUAGGGUUGAGAUACGAAGAAGCAGCGAUGGUUUGUGCGAGGAUGCCAGCGAUAUUUGGGUACAAUGUGGAGGAUAAUUUGAGGCCGAAAUAUGAGUUCUUAGUGGGGGAAAUGGAGAGGAGCUUGGAGGAAUUGAAGGAGUUUCCGCAGUAUUUUGGGUUUAGUUUGCAUAAGAGGAUUGAGCCAAGGCAUUGGCAUUUGAAACACAGGAAUGUUAGGAUUAAAUUGAAUAGGAUGUUGUUAGGAGGUGAUGAUAGGUUUUAUUCUAAAUGGAAAUGAAAUUUGGAGGGUUUAAAUUACAAAUAUACAAUAAUUUACAAAA